AUGGCAGAGCUCAUGCUCAGAGCUCAGAAGCACAUGAACGCAGAAGAGGCUGUCUAUGCAAGGCGUGCACGUGAUGGUUUCGAUCCCCAAGCAGGGCCAUCACAGGUUGGCGAAUUCUCCCUAACAGACAAAAGAAGACGAGAAGCUGUCCGCAAGACAGGGGGAGAACCAAGGAAUAAAAAGUUUACCCCGCUCAUAGCCACGGCAGAGCAAAUCCUCAGCAAUCUACAAGACGAUCCAGACCUCACGUGGCCAGGAAAGCUGAGAUCCGAUCCUAGCAGGAGAGCUAAGGAUAAAUACUGUAGGUUUCACAAAGACCACAGACAUAAUACAGAUGAUUGCAUUGACUUGAAACAGCAGAUCGAGGAUCUAAUUCAAAGAGGGAGACUUCAGCGUUUCGUAACAAAGAAACACCAGAAGCAACCCAGAAAGGAAGACACAAGCAAAGAGCGAAGGGAUGGUGCUGCACCCCAGUCCGGCCCCAUUGGAGAGAUCAAGGUCAUCCAUGGAGGAUUUGCCGGAGGUGGAGAGUCCAGCCAUGCAAGAAAGGCCCACCUAAGAAAAUUGCGAACGGAGGAAUAUUUGGAGGUCAACACAAUUGACCGCCCAAGCAAGAUCCAGAAGAAAGAGGAGAUACCCAUAAUUUUCUCAGAAGAAGAUCUCAAAGGGAUCCAGAUUCCCCAUGAUGACCCCCUGGUCAUAACCAUUGUCAUAGCAAACUACCUCACACGAAGAGUAUUGAUGGAAGUUCAGCCGAUAUACUCUACCUUCAUGCAUAUGACCAGUUAA